GUAGGAUGGCACGAUUCUACGAUUACACCUAGUUUCGGAUUAUCGACCUUCUUGUUGGCUACUUCUUCUUCGGGUAAGUAUUUCGGUUCUUUUCUUUCUUGUCCUCUUAUUUGGAUUGACUUUUCUUCACGUUCUUUAGACUCGGAUGAAUAUUUAGUUCUUGGAUCAUGUGAUAGAAAGAGAUGA